AUGAUGAAAGAGGUGUUGAUUGGGACUCUGUGCGGGGCUGGUUUGUUUACUAUAGGUAUCCUAAUUGGUCACUUUGGUAUCAAAAAGGACUCUGCACCAUCCUGGGUGAAUGAUGUGGGAAAGGAUGUCGAUGAAAAACUUAUCCAGCAGUUUCUGUCUGAGGUGGAUGCGGCCCAAAUUCAGGAGAACCUCCGGGAGUUGACAAAAAAGCCUCAUAUGGCCACAACUGCCGGAGAUGAGGAAACAGUGCAGUUUGUGCUAAAAAGAUGGCAGGAUCCAGAAACAGGUCUGGAAAAAGCCUGGAGGCAAGAAUAUCAGGUCUACCUUUCAUUCCCCAACCCUGAAAAGCCCAACAAAGUAACAGUCGUAAACCAGUCAGAUGCUGUUCUAUUCACUGUCCGAGAAAAGGAGAAGCCAUACUACCCAGAGCAAGAAGAUCCUGAGGUGGUUCAGCCGUAUGCUGCUUAUUCUCCUGCAGGACACCCAAAGGGGAAACUGGUUUACGCCAAUCAAGGAAAAGCAAGCGACUAUGAGUACCUGAACAAGACCAUUGAUCUAAGAGGAACCAUUGCGAUAACCAGAUAUGGUGGAGCGGGAAGGGGAGAUAAAGCCAUCAAUGCUGCAGUCUACGGUGUUGUUGGUGUGCUGGUUUACACAGACCCUCUGGACAUGAAUGAUGGUCAUUUAUCAGAGGACAAGACAUACCCAAACUCCUGGUACCUGCCUCCCACAGGAGUGGAAAGAGGUGCCUAUAGCAGAGACUUUGGAGAUUUGCUCACACCGUACUUAGCUGCCAAAGAGGAAACAUAUAGAAUCCCACCUGAAGACAUAACCGGGAUUCCUCCUAUUCCAACACAGCCGAUAGGCUUUGAAGAUGCAAGGGCCCUGAUUUGUGAGUUGGGUGGAGAGAAGGCCCCAUCUGACUGGCAGAGAGGAUUCAAUUGUACCUAUAAUCUCGGUGGACCAGGUUUCAAAUCAACGUCUCACUUCAACAACAGCGAUGUACAACUGGAUAUCUUUAAUUAUGAAAAGAUAGUAAACUCCUCCAAUGUGAUGGGAGUGAUCACAGGAAGUGUUGAACCAGACAGGUAUGUGAUUUACGGGAAUCACAGGGACAGCUGGGUACAUGGCGCCAUCGACCCAAGUAGUGGAACAUCUGUAAUGUUGGAAAUUACCAGAGUGCUUGGCAGAAUGGUCAAACAGGGAAAAUGGAGACCUCGUAGAUCCAUCAUCUUUGGAAGCUGGGGAGCUGAAGAGUUUGGCCUUAUUGGAUCUGCAGAGUACACAGAGGAAUACUUCACCAAGCUCAGUGAGCGCACUGUUGGUUAUAUAAAUGUGGAUAUAUCUGUUUUUGCAAAUGCCACACUGAGAGCUUCAGCGAUGCCAUCCAUGCAAAAUGUCAUUUUCCAGGCUUCAAAACAGGUCACUGCUCCUGGAUUUGAUUCCACAUCUGUGUAUGACAACUGGAUCCGUUACUCCAACAGAACAAGCCCGACCCAUGGAGUCAUUCCACGGGUGGGAUAUUUGAAUGGAGCAGGGAGUGAUUAUGCUGCCUUUGUCCAUUACCUGGGAAUCGCCUCUAUAGAUAUGUCAUAUACAUACGACAGGAGCAAAACAAACGCUCGGAUUUACCCUGCGUACCAUACAGCAUACGACACUUUUGACUAUGCAUCAAAAUACAUUGAUCCAGGAUUUGUCAGUCACCAAGCUGUUGGCAGGACCGCGGGAAACAUCCUUAUCCGACUGGCUGAUAGUCUCCUCUUGCCCUUUAACUGCGGUGACUACGCUGAAAGUUUAGAGGCUUACCUGAACACAGCAGUGACCUUAUACGAGGCAAAACUUAAAGCUAAAAAUAUCUCAAUGGAACCUCUCAAACAUGCUGUGGCAAACUUUCGCAAAGCUGCAGAGCAGCUAGACAAAAUGAUUCAAGACUCAGACCUGGCAAAUGAAACGCCAUUAAAGGUAAGAAAGAUCAAUGAUCAGCUCAUGUUGAUGGACCGAGCCUUCUUGAAUCCUCUGGCCUUCACACACGAAUAUGGAUUCAGGCAUGUAAUCUGGGCUUCAAGCAGUUCUGGAAAGGCGACCUUCCCAGGUAUUGCAGAUGCCUUUGCCAAAGCCGAGUCAUCAGGUUUGGCAACCGACUGGCAAAAAGUCCAUUACCACCUGUCCGUAGCAGCUCAAGCCAUCGAGGGGGCCGCUGACAUGCUGAGUGAAGUUAUAUAGACAGAAUGUAAUAUUCCAUCAGAGUCUAGUUAUACAUAUUAUUGCAAUAAAAAUGUUCAAAUUAGUGUAGAUGAAGCACAAAUCAUA